AUGUGUGCAUCAUUAGUAAAUGUGGCUGGUAUUAUUAUUAGUAGUAUUAUUAUUAUCAAUUAUUUCCUAGUGAGCUUUCCUUCCUUCCUGGAGGUGGUGGAAGAGGAAAAGGAGGAAGGUGAGGCCGACUUGAGGCUGGAGAUGUCACCAUCAGUUGCAUUGAUUCUUCUGCUUGCUCCAAAUACAUGGCUUGUUAACGGUCAGUCGCUUCCUGGAAAGCCUACAGUAAGGAGUUGUCGAACUUCAGGAAAUGAAACAUUUACUUGCUGGUGGAAAGCUGAUUCAGAUGGUGGACUUCCUACAAAUUACACUCUGCUGUACAACACAGAAGGUGGAAAGCAUGCCUUUGAAUGUCCAGACUAUAAAACCGGGGGCCCCAGUUCAUGUUAUUUUGAUAAGAGCUUCACCAGGCUUUGGAAAACGUACAAUAUCACAGUGAAGGCUACCAAUGGCAUGGGAAGUAAUGUCUCCGACCCUCAUUAUGUGGAUGUUCAAACCCUAGCUAAGGUCGGCCCUCCCAAAGACCUAUCUCUGGAAGUCAAACAGUUGAAAGAGAGAACGUAUGUGUGGGCAAAAUGGUCGCCACCUCGAUUGGUUGAUGAUGGAACAAGAGGGCAAAUGUGCAAUUAUGAGUUGCGAUUGAAGCCUACAGGAGAGAAAGAAUGGGAGACUCGUUUUGUUGGAGAGCAAACACAGUAUGAAAUAUCCCAGCUGCACCCAGCAGUGAAAUAUACUUUUCAGGUUCGCUGUAUAACAGAGCAUAGUGAAAGGAGCGAAUGGAGCCCAGAAACUUACCUCCAGCUCCACAGUGGCCAACCUCCAGGGAAGCCAGAGUUAAUAAGAUGUCGCUCACCUGAGAAAGAGACCUUUACUUGCUGGUGGAAGCCCAGUUCCGAUGGAGGUUUGCCGAGCAAUUACACCCUGUUCUAUAACAAGGAAGGAGACAGGGCAUAUUAUGAAUGCCCGGACUACACAACAGCGGGACCCAACUCUUGUCAUUUUGAUAAAAAACACACUUCGCUCUGGAUGACAUACAAUUUUACCAUAACAGCGACUAAUGAGAUGGGGAGUAUUUCAUCUCAGCCAUAUUAUGUGGAUGUGGCUAAUAUAGUUCAGCCAGACCCUCCUGAAAAUCUCUCCAUGGAAUUUGAGAAAAAAGUAUAUGGAAAAUAUCUGUUGUUGAACUGGUCUCCACCUUCCCUGGGUGACAUCAGAUCUGGUUGGCUAACCCUCGAAUAUGAGUUACAUAUAAAGCCUGAAGGGGGACAAGAGUGGGAGAAAAUAUUUGUUGGUCAGAGAACAACAUAUAAGAUGUUCAGUGUAAAUCCAGGAGAAAAGUAUGUUGCAAAAGUUCGCUGCAGAUCAGAUCAUGGAACAUGGAGCGACUGGAGCCCUGAAAGUUUUAUUAAGCUCCGAAAAGAGUUCAGACUGAAGGAUAUGCUUGUUUGGAUCUUCGUGGCUUUUUUAUCAUUUGUCGUAUGUUUGAUCAUGAUCUGGACACUGGCUUUGAAAAAAAUUAACAUGGUGGCCUGCCUUCUACCACCAGUCCCAGGACCAAAGAUAAAAGGCUUUGACGCCCAGCUGCUAGAAGCAGGGAAAACGGAAGAAUUGCUGAGUGCUCUUGGUUGCCAGGGAUUCCCUCCAACACCGGGUUAUGAGGACCUGCUGGUAGAAUUUUUGGAGAUAGAUGACAGCGAAGACCAGCAGCUAAUGCCAAGCACCGAAAGGAGCCACCCCAAUAAAAAUGUGAAGCUGGUGCACCAGGAACCGGACAGCGACUCGGGAAGAGGAAGCUGCGAGAGCCCUUCUCUGUUGACAGAGAAGCGCAAGGAAGCCCAAAACCCGCUUUUGGAAUUGAAAAUACCAGAUACCUUUGGGGUGCAAAACGCUCAUAGAAACAGCAUGCAGGAGUCACCAAAAGGGGACGCUGAAGGUCAACUCCCCUGGAUUAACAGUGGUGAACCUAGGCCAUCCACGUGGUGUGGAGGUCAGCUCCCUAACUGCCAGACUUCUAAAUGUUCCUACCAUGACACAGUGGAUGUAUGUAAAAGGGCAGCCAGUGCCAUGAAUGCAAACAGGAAGGGGAGCGAGGAAGGAAAGUGUUGUUCGCAAUAUCCUGAACUCACUGAGACUCUUGGUGAAAGAAAACCAGGCAAAUUGGAGAAAGCAGCAGAUCUACUCUCAAAUGCUCAGCACGGCCAAGUGGGGUUGUGGCUACUCCCACCAGAAAGGCCGCCAUUCUUGUCUACAAAACCCGCAGAUUACGUGGAAGUUCACAAAGUCAACCAAGACGGAGCUCUGGCUGUACUACCAAAGCAGAAAGAAACUGUAGGCAAAAAGGAAAGGCCUUUUGUCCCUGGGGAUACGAAUGAAUACACCAAGGUUUCAACAGUCGUAUCCAACCAUAUUUUGGUGUUAUUCCCAGAUCCCAAAGCGGAGGCUUUGUCUUCCUUUCAGGAGCCACUGAAAGAGCUCACCCAGAGUUGUCAGCAGAGCCAAGCAGAGUUAAAUUUCAGCUAUUGUCUCACAGCUCCAAGCACCUGCAAAGUACAGACUGGUGGGCUAGACUACAUGGAUCCAAAUAAUUUUAUGUGCCCCUUUAACUGAAAGGUUAGCCAUCCUUCUACAGGUAACAACACUACAAGUAAAAUAAAGUGUUGGCACAAAACUGCUCACAUGUCUGGCUCAGCUCAGUGGUAGCUCAUGCCUUCUUUCACUUUAUAGCCAAUCACUUAAGAACAUGCUGGUUGCUAAUUGCAGAUAAGUUUCCCCCCCUA